UAAAAGGUCUACCUCAACACAGUCGUGUCGUUCCUUUCUGUACGUGUGCCCGUAGGGUUAGCUAGUGUCCACUCGAAGGGAAAGCAACCGAAGAAGAUGCCAUCAAAUAUUAUUUUUGAAACAGAAGACAUCGGGAUGGAAGGAGAACUGGACAUUAGUGCGGGCAGUACGAAACCCAAAAAAGUAAAGGAUAAGAAGACCAAGGAGGGGAAGAAAAUCAAGAAACAUAAAACAGUUGUUGAAGAGGAACCUGACUGUGAACCUGUUCCGAAGAAGAAGAAGAAGAAGAAAGAAAAGGUGGACAAAGCAAAUGGGGAUGUGAACAAAUCCAUUGAUGUGAAUGGUAAUAUUGAAUCACAUUUGAAGAACAACACAUCUUAUUCCAAUGAGGAGUCUGCAGACAAUAACAAAGCAACUGAGAAAAAGAAGACGUCAGAAGAAGUAGUUGUCAACAGAGUGUUGCCUAAGACUCCCACGCUGAUCGCACAAACUAAUGGACAUUCCACGACGACAACUCCAGCACAAUCAAGCGAAGACUCUGGCAGUGACGGUGAAAAAGAAAUUGAAACACCAGAACAAAAAGAAGGAGCCUUUUCAAACUUCAGAAUCUCCCCCAACACCAUCAAACUACUUCAAGCACGAGGCAUAUCUUUCCUCUUUGACAUCCAAACCCAAACCUUCAAUUCAGUGUAUGAGGGAAAGGAUGUAAUUGGUCAGGCAAGAACAGGCACUGGCAAAACAUUAGCUUUUGCUAUUCCGCUGAUCGAGAAAAUCCAAAAUGACCCGGAUGACAAGAGGUGGGGCAGAGCCCCAAAGGUUCUGUGCCUUGCUCCAACGAGAGAAUUGGCUAUUCAAGUAGCCAAGGAUUUCAAGGACAUGACAAAGAAACUGUCUGUUACCUGUUUCUAUGGUGGGAGUUCCUACAACCCUCAACUUGAUGCAAUCCGCAGUGGCAUCGAUGUCCUAGUGGGAACUCCAGGUCGUAUCAAGGACCAUCUACAGAAUAACAAACUGGACUUGUCACAAUUGAAGCACGUUGUAUUAGAUGAAGUGGACCAAAUGCUUGAUAUGGGCUUUGCAGAACAGGUGGAGGAGAUACUUUCUGCAUCUUACCAAAAAGACUCUGAGAGCAAUCCCCAGACCCUGCUCUUCUCUGCCACAUGCCCACCAUGGGUGUAUGUUGUGGCAAAGAAGUACAUGAGGCCAACUUAUGAGCAUGUGGACCUCAUUGGCAAAAAGACCCAGAAAGCUGCCACCACAGUAGAGCACCUUGCCAUUGCGUGUCACUGGUCUCAGAGGGCUGCAGUCAUUGGGGAUGUGGUCCAGGUGUACAGUGGCAGCCACGGCCGCACCAUCGUCUUCUGUGAGACCAAGAAGGAUGCCAACGAGCUGUCAAUGAACACCUCCAUAAAACAGAGUUCCCAGUCACUUCAUGGGGACAUUCCUCAGAAGCAGAGGGAGAUCACAUUGAAAGGCUUCAGAAGUGGCACCUUUGAGGUCUUGGUGGCCACCAACGUUGCUGCUCGUGGGUUGGACAUCCCAGAGGUAGACCUGGUCGUGCAGUGCUCACCCCCAAAGGAUGUGGAGUCAUAUAUUCACCGGUCAGGUCGCACUGGUAGGGCUGGCAGGGCAGGCGUCUGCAUCUGUUUCUACCAACGCAAAGAGGAAGACCAGCUCCGAUACGUAGAGCAGAAAGCAGGCAUCACAUUUAAGAGAGUUGGAGUGCCCACUCCCAGUGACAUCAUCAAAUCCUCCAGUAAAGACGCAGUGAGGUUUUUAGACUCUGUGCCUCCCCAAGCCAUUGAGUACUUCCGUGUGGCUGCUACCAAGCUGAUUGAGGAGCGUGGGGCCGUGGAUUCCCUGGCUGCCGCCCUGGCACAUAUAUCAGGUGCCACUGCCCUGGAGCAGAGGUCCCUCCUCAACUCUGACGCUGGCUACACCACAAUGACAAUGAACUGCUCCCAGGAGCUGCACAACAUUGGCUGCGCUUGGCGUGGUCUAAAGGAGCAGCUGGGAGAGGAGAUUGACGAUGUGAUCCGGGGGAUGACCUUCCUCAAGGGAAAAAUGGGAGUCUGUUUUGAUGUUCCAGCUCACAAAGUAAAGGAGUACCAAGAUGCAUGGCAGGAUGGUAGGCGUUGGCAGCUGUCAAUCGCCACAGAGCUCCCUGAGCUGGAGGAGAAACAGCGCAUGGGUGGUGACCGUGGAUACGGACGCUCGUUCAGUGGACGUGGUGGUGGAGGACGAGGGGGUGGCCAUGGCUUCAGAAACGGCGGCGGUGGUGGUGGCAACUGGAGAGGAGGUGGAGGCAGUCAUAAACGCAGCUUCAGCAGUGCAUUUGAUUAUUAACCACAGACUUCCCGUUCUCUGGACUGAUGACAUGGCUGUCUGUUUCCUGCACAGCAAGCUGGUGGUUUUUACUGGUGUUUGUGAGACUGGCCAUCCCUGGCUAACCCUGUGCCCGAAAGUAUAUCCCCAAAAUAUGUAUGAGCUGAUUGCUUUGCAAUUAUAUAUUUCACUAUCUCUACUUGAUAAACUCAUUCAUUGGAAUGAUAUGUUUUUUCAUUAAAGGUGGUCUGAGGAAUUAAA